AUGGUGGAUGACAGUGCGUCAGUGAAGAUGGAACUGAAUGCAACGAUUGCGCUCGCGCACCCAUUAUUACAAGACACCAACCAUGGCGCAAUGGCGGCACUUGUCCUGUGUAUUAUAAUUUUAUACUUUCAAGAGAUUUCGUGUCGUGAGACUAGAAAUGAAGGUUUUAUAAAUAAAAUAAGCAACGGUAUGAAAAUGGCCACUGAUUUUUUAGGUUCCGAAUCGGUAGCAUUAAAAGUAGCAGAAUUUGUAGUUCGUGCUUUCCAAACAACUAAUAACCAACCGUUAGUCAAAAGAAAACCGUCAUUCGAGAAUGAUUAUGAUGAGUCAGUCAAGACAAGUUUUCAGCAAGAAAGUAGGCCUGAUGCUAUCGUGGAAGAAACCCCAAAUCUGAUGACCCCACUGAAGCAUUUAGUCCGGUUAUUUGGCUUACAACCAAAUCAGAUUAGCGCUGUUGCAGUCAACGCUCUAGUUUUCGUAGCGCAAAUGAUAUCAACAUUUUUGGCAGGACCGAAACGACCUGUAAGUAGAAAUCGUUCCGAAGACCAUACUGCUUGGAUAUUAAACAAGAAUUCAAGAAAAUUGCAAGAUCUUCUAUCGAGGGCUAAAAAUGAAUCUUUAUCGGAAGACAUCGAAGAAUUAAUUAAACAGCAAGGAUCUGAGGAAGAAACAAGCUGUAUUAGACUUUUAGUAUGCAAAAUAACACCGUUUGUAAAUCGAAUGCAAAAAGCUGUAUUUGGCAGAGAAAAUCAAACUAAUACAAAAUAUAAAAAAUCCGUUGGCGUAGAGAUAAUGUACCGCCAUCUACCGACAGAACAAGAAAUUAACAACAGAAGUGACAUCUGUGAACGCAGACAUAAAACUUGCAACUUGAAUGAAUAAUUAAUUCUAGAUAAUAUGUAGAUAUUAGGUAUGCCGAGCGCUUACUAUAACUGAUUUAAUUUGCUUUUUUUACACUUUGGAAAUUUUAAAAACGAAUGUGAAAUAAAC